CCCGCCGGGGCCCUGGCGGCCGCAGGAUCGGGGCCAGCGAUCUCCGUUCCUUUCUUCGGCCGCCGGCCCGAUGGAAGAGCCUCCCGGAAAGCCCCUCAGCUUUGAGGAGAAGGAAAAGUUGAAGGAAAAACUAGCAUAUUUGAGAAGAGAGUACAGCAAGACUUUGGCCCGCCUUCAGCGUGCCCAGAAAGCUGAGAAGGUUAAGGAUUCUGUUAAGAAAAGAGUAGAAGAACAAACUUGCUCACUCCAGCAGGAAAUUUGUCCAUCGCUGAAUCACUCAGAACCUAAAAAUAAAGUCUAUCCUCAUGACAGUUUACAAAUCAGUACUCAGCAUGAUGAAGAAACAGGAGAAAAGACAUGUUUCACACCUGAUAUUGAAGCUGACUCCUUCAACCUUGAAGAUGGUCCAGUGGAAGAUUUACACCGACAAAGGACAGAUGGUGUCCAAGACCAUUUUUCGUACAGGGUCAAUCACCCAGCUGAUGAUAAAAGACAGAGUAAAUUGCCAGGAGGAAAAAAGCAGCAACAGAAAAGAACAUUUAUGUCUCAGGACAGAAAAUCUCUCUUGCACUCUGAUUCACGGACGCUCUCUAGAAAAGGACUAAAGGGACAGGAACAAGUCAACAGGGAAAAUCCUAAGGCACCAGUAUCUGAAAUGAGAACUUACCUUUCUAGUCCUGAACCAGAAGUCCCACAUUUUCCUGCACCAGUUACAGAAACUAACAGAAGGAAUGCAUUCAUUCCACGAACUGCCCAGCCAGAAAGAAGUACUGAUGGACUCUUAGGGGAAACUAAUUUUCCCAAGGUGACCACAGCCCUUUUGCAUACACCCUUAGAUACCAGGAGUGGCCAACAACUUGAAUGCAUGCCUCCUAAAGCAAACUGUAAGCUCACUAAAAUGAGCACUACUUUACCUCUAAAUGUAGAGCCUCGAGAUCAGAAAAUGACUGUCCCUACAAAUAACCCAGUGGUAAGUAAAGAUAAAAGUGCAAAUGACCAGCUGCUUAAAAGUCCUAACUUAGCCGCUGAUCAUUCACGUUUUAUAAAUGAGCACGCUUACCAUAACGUAUCAGCAAGUCAAAACCAAAACUUAAAAGAACAAAAUCUCAGUGAGAAAUUUUUAAAACCUCCUAAUAUUUUUGAUGGCAGAAAUGAAAGUCUUCGGGAAAAUGAGGCUCUAAAUACAUCUAAGAGUUUGAGCCUAGAAUCAAUCUGUUCUGUUUCUGCAGAAAAUGAAAAACAUUCUUGUACAGUUCUAGAAGGGCUUCUGUUUCCUGCGGAAUAUUAUGUUAGAACAACACGAAGCAUGUCAAAUCGCCAAAGGAAUGUACCCAUAGAAGCUGUAAUUCAAAGUCAUUUGCAGGAUAGGAGGAAAGGAUCGAAAAAGAAGAUUAAAGCAACUAAAAAGUUAAACUUUUCCUAUGAAGAAGCUGAUGAAAGCAGAAUUCAGAUGAGUGACUCAUGGGCAGGACAACCAAGUUCAAGAAUUCCUGUGAAGUUUUUUUCUUUAACUGAGGCAAGUUGUCCCACCACACCUGCAAACAAUAAUGACUUCACUAGAAAGUCAGUAGCCCAGUCAUCUGAUAGAAACAGAAGGAAAAGAAAAUCAGUCUGUAACCCAGUAGCUCAUGACCAGGAACUUAUUUUGCCCACUUCGGGCACAUCAGGUGUUAACAGGACUAAGGAAGAAGUCAUCUUGCACAAAGAUCAAAAUGAAAAAGAAGUUUUCUAUGGGAAGGAAGGUCACAGUCAAAAAGAGAACUCCAUGACUUCCAGAGAUAGUGUUUCUUGUUUAGCUUUGGAUCGUGAUACUGUCAGUCUUCCAUUGCAUGUGGAUAAAAUGCUAAGUUCAAAACAACGGUCAUCUCUUUAUAAAAUCACAGACUUUCAGUUACCUGAUGAAGACUUUGGAUCUCUUAAGCUUAAAAAAGUGAAGCCCUUCUUAGAACAAAUGAUUGAAUCUUUUGAGUCAAAAAUGUGUGCAGAGAAGCAUCGUCAAGAGGGAAAGGGUGCUGUUUGGGAAGAACUGAUUCCUAAGCAGAUGGAUGUAGAAACGGAAGUCUUGGGAAAGGAACUCAUCAUACCAUCAGGCAGUGCACAUCCUAAAAUGUCAAACCUACAAGCCAAGCCUAAGAACAAGGGUCUCUCUUCAUCCAUGCUACUUUGUACUCCUUUGAUUACUGUUACACCUGAAGAACAUGUCAGACCUACUGCAGACAUGUGUUCGCCUUCCUUCCCCAUCUUAGGCACUACUCCUCUUGUUGGCUCCCAAGCACCCUGUAAAAAUGCGUCUACGAAGGUUGUUGGACCUACUUACUAUACAGGCCAACUUUCUCACUUGAAAGACACAAUCAGUCUUAAUAGUGAUACUAAGCCAUGCAACAAUUCCAUCCAAUGCUUAAAAUUGGGUGCCAGCCUCCAUGUUUCACAUCGAAAAGAACAACCAGACUGUUGUGUCUCCGACUCCCAAGCAGCACCUCUAUCCAUGGAGUCGUUCACUGCCAAAGGAAGUCAGCUACGUGGAAGUGCAUGCUUGGAGUUGUGCGAAGAUUCCGUUGAGCAGACUAUAGCAGACCUUACUACCUAUGACAGCUCAAACCCAGGCAGCCUACAAUUGGUUUCAAAGUUACAGAACCCUGCAGGUUCCUGUUCUGUAGAUGUGAGUACCAUGUGGUGGGACAGCACUGGGUCUAAAGAGUCAUGCAUCAUAACUGCCUGUGAGUAUGCAGUUUCUCUUUGGAAACCUCUGGAUACAUGGCAGUGGGAAAAAGUUUAUACCUGGCACUUCACAGAGAUUCCAGUAUUACAAAUUGUUUCAAUGCCUGAUGUGUGUAAUUUUGUGUGUGUUGCUUUGGGAAAUUUAGAAAUCCGAGAAAUCAGGGAAUUAUUUUAUUCCUCUAAUGAUGUGAGUGAAAAGCAGGUGCUACUGAAAUCUGGGAAUAUAAAAGCUGUGCUUGGUCUGACAAAGAGGAGGCUGGUCAACAGCAGUGGGACCCUUUAUGACCAACAAGUAGAGGUCAUGAGAUUUUCAGAAGAUGGAGGAAGCAAAGAAAAGCAAUUUUUGAUGUCCCCUGAGGAGACUGUACUUACUUUUGCUGAGGUCCAAGGGAUGCCAGAAGCGCUGCUUGGCACCACGCCUAUGAACAACGUUGUGAUUUGGAACUUAAAAACUGGUCAACUCCUGAAAAAGAUGCACAUGGGUGAUUCCUACCAGGCCUCAGUCUGUCACAAGGCCUAUGCUGAAAUGGGCCUCCUGUUUGUUGUUCUGAGUCACCCUUGUGCCAACGAGAGUGAGCGCCUGGGAAGCCCUGUGUUCCAGCUGAUCGUGAUUAACCCCAAGACGACUCUGAGUGUGCGUGUGAUGCUCUACUGUCUUCCUCGGGGGCAGGCGGACAGGUUCCUGGAAGGUGAAGUGAAAGGUAAUUUUGCAGCAGCAGUACUGACUUCUGGAACCAUUGCCGUUUGGGACUUACUUCUGGGUCGCUGCACUGCACUUCUGCCACCUGUCUCUGACCAAAACUGGUCUUUUGUUAAGUGGUCAGAUACAGAUUCUCAUUUGCUGGCUGGACAGAAAGAUGGAACUAUAUUUGUAUACCGUUACUAAAAACAUUUGGACAAGAGAGGAGAGCCACUUUCUGGAUAUCUUAGGCCUCUUUAUACCUUUUUGGAGUUGUAACUUUAAAGGAGUGGCAUUUAAAGUAAUUUCACUCAUUCCGACAGACCUGCUUUUUCUGCUGGUGGUGGCACUGUUGCUCUUGAAUCAUCACUCACACUAACUUUGGAUGGAGGGAUUAUAAGCUGCUGUUUUUGUGGUAAUUUUGCACAUUUGCCCUUCCAGAUGUACAUACAAUAGGAUUAUGCUCCAAAUGCUAAUAAAUAUUUAUUUUGAGACAUUCUGCUUGGCACAUCUUUUCAGAGAGUAGUUUUUAAAAUUAGCUGAUUUGUUUUUAACAGUCUCACUGCCACACAAUUCCCAUAGGUAUCUCAAGAGUUGAGUCACAUUCACAGGAGUUGUACAACCAGCGCCACAGUCAAUUCUAGGACACUUCUUCCAUAUACUCAUUAGCUCUCCAGUUGCCACCAGCCUCCUCUGCCAUGUCCCAGUAAUCUCUUAAUCCAGUUGUCUCUAUAAAGUUACUUAAUCUUGGGUUCAUAUAUAUGAAAAUAUACAAAAUGAAAACAAAAUACAGAUGCUCACACAUAAGAGUUCUUUGUAUUGAUGUAUAUUUGUUAAAAUUUGAGAACCAAUACUGAUGUGUUAUUAUGAAAAUCCAUUUAAAUUUGCUUCAUAUCUUUU